AUGACCGCGAAGACAGCUCUUCUAGUCCUAGUGACGACGCUCGUCGCCGCGACGAUCGCGACGCCGGUCGAUCCGGAAAGGACGGAAGUGUUCCGCUUCCUACGAGCGUACGGUUUUCUGAGGGACGGCGGAGGAUCAUUGUCUUCCGACAACGCGACGUCUUUGCGUCGCGCGUUAUCGCUGUUUCAAGAAUAUUAUCGAUUACCUGGUAACGGCGUGCUAAAUAUCGAUACGCUCAAUCUCAUGCGCAAACCGCGAUGCGGACUAGCGGACAUUCCCGAUCGCGCGUACAGUCCGUUCGCGAAGAGAUGGCCGAAAACGAGUCUCACGUGGAAUUUUCAAGUGGCUAGCGAGGAACUCCUACGAACUACCGAAGCAGCAUUCGCGCUAUGGGCGGCGAAUUCGUCGUUAAAAUUUGUACGCGAUUCGCUACGUCCCGAUAUAUUAAUAUCAUAUCGAACAGGCGCUCACACUUAUGCGAAUCGCGAGAACGGCGACGUUUGCCCAGCGGCUUUCGAAGGUCCGGGAGGAGCCCUCGCUCACGCGUUCUUUCCCACCGGAACAGCCGAUUUCGCCUCGGAGGUGCACGUCGACGACGAGGAACCGUGGCACGUGUACCUGAACAAGAAUCCUUCUAACAAGUAUCAUCUACUUUUAACGCUAACUCAUGAGGUCGGUCACACCUUAGGUCUGCAACACAGUAUGCGCAACGACUCGGUGAUGUUUCCGUAUAUACCCGACAACGAGCUUCAAUAUCCGGUCAAGCUAAGCGUGGAGGAUAUUCUCGCUAUACAGAAUCUGUACGGAUCUCACGACGACGGGGAUUACACCGCGAUUCCCGCGACGCCCGCUACCACCGCGGCACCCGCGACGACCGACCUCGCGCCGACCGAUCCGUCGCACGCGGAUCUUUGCGCCUUACGGCGCUUAGACGUAGCCUUAAUAAUGAAUCGGCGUUUAUAUAUAUCCAAUCGACGCAACUUAUGGUCGAUCGACCUAAUCGAGAAACGUUACGGCAAGCCUAUGAUGCUAACAGAAUACGCGACGUUUCUCCCAAGCAACUUUACGCAUCUAUCCGCCGCGUAUCAAAGACCCUCCGGCGAUCUCGCGCUAUUCGCUGAUGACAAAAUCUAUCUCGCGGAAUAUCCUAGUCUUAGAUUGAAACCAGGUUGGCCCAGAUUCCUUCACAGCAUCGGAUUUCCUCGAAACGCUAGAAUCAACGCCGUGAUAAACGCGCACUCGGGACGAACCUACGCUAUUUACGACGACGACAAAGUAGCGGAAAUCGACGAGUGUCGCUCACUGAUUAUUAAACACGCUCCGUUAAAAGAUAUAUUUCCCGGAAUACCAUCCGCGAUAACGUCGGCUCUCCGGUAUGUCGACGGUAAUCUGUAUUUUUUCGCUAAGCGCCAAUUUUACGCGUUCAAUGAAUUUAAAAAUAUCGUAACCUCGGCGGGUCCCUUCGACCCGCGCGUUCUCGGCAUCGAGUGCCCCACGGACGGACUCCUGCGCCAAUUGCGCGAUCUCCUCGGUCGCAUCUAUCGCCUCGACGACGCGACAGAGAGCGUGGACGAGGACGAUUGA